GGCACGCUCCAAGUCCGUCAACGGUAUAAGUAUAGGGCGGCAGCUUCAAUUAUCUCAUUAGUCAUACGUUGCACGUCAGAAGAAGCAACGCUAUGUUGCGAUACGAAUUUCUGCUUCUUCUUCUGUCGCUGGUAUUCGCGCAGUUUCUCGCUCCCGGCGAUGCAGCGCGAAUACCACGAACCACACCAGACGCAGCACCUACUAAGUGCCAUGAGGCAUGCCAUGCCGUGGAUCCGAAUAAACUUAACAUUCAUAUGGUCCCGCAUACUCAUGACGAUGUCGGUUGGUUGAAAACCGUGGAUCAGUAUUACUUUGGAAGUCGUUCUACAAUCCAAAAGGCCGGUGUGCAGUACAUUCUUGACAGUGUCAUUAAAGCACUGUUAGCUGACCCAACUAGAAGAUUUAUUUGGGUGGAGACCGCUUUCCUCUGGAAAUGGUGGUUACGACAAAAUGACUUGGUACGUGCUGACGUGAGAACCCUAAUCGCCGAAGGGCGACUGGAAAUUAUCGGGGGAGCAUGGAGCAUGAACGACGAAGCUUGUACUCACUAUCAUUCAUUAGUGGAUCAAUUUACAUGGGGAUUCAGGCGACUCGACGACACGUUCGGAAGCUGUGCCAGACCGCGCAUUGGAUGGCAAAUAGACCCAUUCGGCCAUUCCAGAGAACAGGCUUCUUUAUUCUCGCAAAUGGGAUUCGAUGGAAUGCUAUUUGGUCGUCUUGAUUAUCAAGAUAAGAAUAAGAGAUUACAAGACAAAGAGAUGGAAUUUAUUUGGAAGAGCAGUCCAAAUUUAGGCAAGCGAGCGAACUUAUUCACAGUCGCGAUGUUCAACAAUUACAGUCCACCACCAGGAUUUUGCUUCGACGUUUUAUGCGCUGACGAACCAAUGGUCGAUGAUCCCGAUAGCCCCGACUACAACAUCGACAGUAGGAUCGAUGAUUUUCUGAGAUACGCGGUUACGCAACGUAGUUAUUUCCGCACAAAUCAUGUCAUAAUGACAAUGGGAGGAGAUUUCACUUAUCAGCACGCGGAAAUGUACUUCACGAAUCUGGACAAGCUGAUAAGGUGGACCUGUUCGUGAGAUAUGCGAAGAUUCAAGCACUUACCUACAAAACUAAUCACAUUAUUAUCACCAUGGGAGAGGAUUUUCAUUAUCAACAGGCUGAAAUGGUGUUCGGUAAC